AUGUCGCAUUUUACUACCGAAUUCCUUCCCAUCAUGAAUGGUUACAACGGCAAGAUGGAGUCGUCAUCCUCUUUAUCGUGGAUAGUAGGGUUCUUACUGCUCACUGUUGCGCUUGGAUGCUUCCUUAUUUAUCGGUCCUUGCUUCCUAAGCCUAUCGCUGGCAUUCCCUACAACCACGAUGCUGCCAACAGGCUACUUGGCGAUGUCCCGGAGGCUAUGCAACACAUCAAGGAAACGGAAGAGAUGAUGACCUUCUUGACAACGCAGAUUGAGCGACACAACACUCCAAUUGUGCAAGUCUUCAUGCGGCCUGGUGGUAAGCCUUGGGUUAUUUUGUCCGACUUCAGAGAAAGUCAGGACAUCCUGGUCAGACGGACUCGAGAGUUCGAUCGCUCUGACUUUUUCGGCGAUCUCUUCAUCAGCGUCCUUCCCGCCAACCAGGUUCAUAUGAGAACGAACGAUACAUGGCGUGCACACCGUCGUCUCAUGGCGGACACCAUGUCCACUGCCUUUCUCAACAAAGUUGCCGCACAACAGAUCUAUGGCUCUGCACUGGAGAUCGUUGGCAUGUGGCGCGAGAAAGCGAGACUGGCUGAUGGGCGUCCGUUCCAGGUCUACAAGGAUGUCUUUCGAGGCGCUCUAGACGUGAUCUGGGCAGUCACCUUUGGUUCCGAGGUCGGCACGACGAGAAACCAGCGCAAAUAUCUCUCAGAACUGAAGGGAAUAGAAGUCAGCACGGAUGUCGAUGCGCCAGUCGAUCUACCAAUGAUACAGAAUCCAGAGGCCUUCGAAGCAAUCAUGACUCUUGGUGAGAGCUGUGAGAUCCCAAUGAAGUCGCCUUUUCCUCGCCUACAUCAUGCCAUGGCGUUACGUUUCUACCCCAGAUAUGUAUCUGCCAGGAAGGUGGUCGAUCGAUUGCUCACCGAUGGUCUCCGUUCUGCGUGGGUAAAAUUCACUCAGCAAGGAGCUUCCGAGGGCGAAGUGAGGAGUGCGCUUGAUCUCAUGGUGGAGCGCGAGGUCGUGAUGGCGAAGAAGGCCGAGCGCAAACCUGCUUACGACACGCAAGAUAUCCGAGACGAGCUCCUUGGGUUUCUGUUCGCGGGACACGAAACGACAAGCACGACCCUGACUUGGGGCCUGAAGUUCAUCACCACUAAGCGAGAUGUGCAGCAAAAGCUGCGUGGUGUGCUGCAGGCAGAGUUCCAGCGCGCCCACGUCGCAAGAGUGAACCCAACAGUGGAGGAAAUCGUUACUGCAGACAUCCCUUAUCUCGACGCGGUAAUCGAAGAGAUCCAUCGAUGUGGUGGAACGGCAUCUAGCAAUGUUCGUGUGGCCACAGAGGAUGCUGUUGUCUUGGGACAUCUCAUUCCGAAAGGCACCAGUGUGUUCAUGCUCUGCAACGGCCCAGGAUAUAAGUCGCGACCGAUCGCCAUCGACGAGUCCAAGCGCAGCAAGACCUCGCAGGAGAAUGUGAGGGACAACGUUAGCUGGGACCCGAACAAUGCAAACGAUUUCCUACCCGAGAGGUGGCUCGUCGCCAAUGAGAAGGGUCACCUGGUCUUCGAGCCGCGCGCAGGACCAAAUCAGCCCUUUGGUGCGGGACCGCGCGGAUGUUUUGGUCGCAAACUCGCAUCCCUGGAAUUGAAGCUACUCGUGAUUCUGUUCGUGUGGAGUUUCGACUUACAGCCGACGCCACCAGCGUUAUCAUCCUUUGCUGGACACGACGGCAUGACACAUUCGCCACAGCAGUGCUUCCUGCGUCUGAAGCCGCUGCUAUGA